CAUCAUUACGAAUUGUUUGAGAAUUUUCUUUUGAAGACGAAUUGUUUGAGACUUUGAACAAUCUACCCAACUACUGAAUUUUGCCCAAAGCUUCGCUUUCUCGCUAGCCGCUCCCGCUCCCGCUCGAUCGCCGUCAGCGCCGCCGCCCAGAUGGCUGCUGCGCCGGAGGAGCUCCUCGACGUCCUCAACGCCGCCGGGGAGAAGACCGGCGUCUCCAAGCCAAGGUCGGAGGUGCACAGGGACGGCGACUACCAUCGGGCGGUGCACGUGUGGAUCUACAGCGAGAGCACCGGGGAGCUUCUGCUUCAGCGCCGCGCCGACUGCAAGGACUCGUGGCCUGGGCAGUGGGACAUCUCUAGCGCCGGCCACAUCUCCGCCGGCGACUCCUCGCUCUUCUCCGCACAGAGGGAGCUCGAGGAAGAACUAGGAAUCAAGCUUCCAGUCGAUGCCUUUGAGCUGUUAUUUGUAUUUCUUCAGGAAUGUGUUAUAAACAACGGGACAUACACAAACAAUGAGUACAACGAUGUUUACCUUGUGACUACUUUAACUCCAAUUCCGCUUGAGGCCUUCACUCUCCAAGAAAGUGAAGUAUCUGCAGUUAGGUAUAUGCGUUGUGAUGAGUACAAGAGCUGCCUUGUAAAAGAGAGUGGGGAAUAUGUUCCUUAUGAUGUGAACGGGCAAUAUGGCCAACUUUUUAAUACCAUUGAAGAAAGGUACAAAGACAAUACAGUGUCUCGUAGUUUAACUUUACAAAAGCAAAUCAACCGUUAUGCUCCCAUCCAUUUGGAACCAGAUUUGACUACUCUAUCUGGAGGAGACAGGGAAGCCUUGGGAUAUAUUCUUAAAGCAGCAAUAGUUAUUGAUGACAUAUUUUAUGAGCAGGUAUGGAAUAGCAACAGAACGCUUAGAGACUGGCUGAAAGGACAUUCUGAAUCCUCAGCCUUUGAUAAAUUGAAGUGGGCAUAUUAUUCUAUUAAUAAGAGUCCCUGGUCCUGCCUCGACGAAAAUAAAGCUUUUCUAUCAACUGCAGAUUCUGCUGUGAAAUUACUCACAGAUGCCACCAAGCCGGUUUCAGGAUGGAAGGGGGUUGAGUAUCGUGCAGCAUUUCCUUUAGAUAAGCCUCCUGGUGCUAACUUCUAUCCUCCUGAUAUGGACAAAAUGGAGUUUGAACUUUGGAAGAGUAGACUGACUGAUAAAGAACAAAAAGAUGCCACUGGGUUUUUUACUGUCAUACAACGGCAUGACUCUCUAUCCUCUCCGUCAUUAACACAGUCAGAUGGAUCAGACCAAAUCAAAACUUCAGAUGAUCUUUUUAUAGUUCCAUACUCCAAGGAGUACAGAUCAUCCCUUAAGAAAGCAGCUGAACUUCUUGAGAAAGCAUCAGUGUGCUCUGAUUCUCCAAGCCUCAAGAACUUGCUGAGAACCAAGGCAAAUGCUUUCCUUUCAAAUGAUUACUAUGAAUCUGAUAUAGCUUGGAUGGAGUUGGACUCCAACUUAGAUGUCACAAUUGGCCCAUAUGAAACAUAUGAAGAUGGCCUAUUUAGUUAUAAGGCAACUUUCGAAGCAUUUAUUGGAAUACGUGAUGACACAGCUACUUCCCAAGUUAAACUCUUUGGUGACCAACUCCAGGAUUUGGAGAGAAACCUUCCUAUGGACGAUAUUUUCAAAUCAGACAGCGUAUCUGCUGCUCCAAUCCGUGUGAUCAAUCUUCUCUACAAUUCUGGGGAUGUGAAAGGUCCACAAACCAUUGCUUUCAAUUUGCCCAAUGAUGAACGGAUUGUGAAUGAACGAGGAACUUCCAUGGUUAUGCUUAAAAACAUUUCAGAAGCCAAGUUCAAGCAUAUCUUAAAGCCUAUAGCUGAUGCCUGCAUCAGAGAGGAGCAGAAGGAAUAUGUUAAUUUCGAGCCUUAUUAUACACAUAUUGUUUGCCAUGAGUGCUGCCAUGGAAUUGGACCUCAUUCUAUCACCCUUGCAAGUGGUAAAAAGUCAACAGUAAGAAUGGAACUUCAAGAAUUCCAUUCAGCAUUGGAGGAGGCAAAAGCUGAUAUAGUUGGUCUCUGGGCACUGAAUUUCCUUAUCAAGAAGGGUUUGCUUCCUAAGAGCCUAUCACAAUCCAUGUAUGUCUCCUUCCUGGCUGGCUGCUUCCGGUCAAUCCGUUUUGGACUGGAAGAAGCACAUGGAAAAGGACAAGCUCUGCAGUUUAACUGGUUGUAUGAUAAAGGGGCUUUUGUCUUGCACUCUGAUGGAAAAUUCUCAGUUGACUUUACGAAGGUUGAGGAUGCUGUAGAAAGCCUGAGCAGGGAGAUACUUACAAUACAGGCAAAGGGCAAUAAGCCUGCUGCCCAGACCCUUCUCCAGUCCCGUGCAACCUUGACGCAACCAUUGCGCGUGGCAUUGGAGAAGAUAGAACAUAUGCAGGUACCAGUUGAUAUUGCACCAAAAUUUGGCACAGCAAACAAGAUGCUUGGAAAUGUGUAACCAGUCGGGCACAGCAAUUCAGCAAGCAUUGUGCUUCAGUACCCACAAAACACCUGGAUGGAAACAGGAGCCAUUCAAGAAUAAGGUCUCCAUGUCAAACGACGUGGAGGAAAAUCAAUACAAUAAGGUCUCCAUUUCACAAGGAACAUUAUUUGUGUUCUUCGUUCAGUGGUGGUGGGAAGGUUGAGGCCUCUCCAUUGUCUCUUGAAAUUGUAUCAGCUGAUGCUCGAUUUGUGCCACGCAUGUUUAGGGCUGCCUCAUGCGAUAUUUGAACCAACGGUGGCCCCAGUUUUGGAGAACCUGUUACAACCGUAGGAUGGCAUGAAAUGAGUAAUGGAUCUUGUGCACUGGCCGUGCUUUUUCUAUCUUGGACCUUACCCA